CACACCUUUUCUUCACAUGUACUUCCAUGUCAGACACCAUUUUGUCAGAUUGUCCUUCUGCUGCUGUCUGUCAUGCAGCAAGAAAUAUUGGUGAGAGAGUUCAACCGCUGCUGCUGUACAACCAACACACACAUCUGAUGUUGUGGGCCAGCAUAAAAUAGGAGGCAUUACUUUUGGAGCAGAUUUCAUACAUAGUGACAUCACACUGAGUAACCUGCUCAAGCUUGUUCUGCUUUGAGCAGAGGAUUGUACUAGAAACUGCAACCAUUCUGUGAUUCACUGUUGUGUCAUAGUAGAAAAUUUGAGGUCAAACAGGUGUAAAGAGAAUAAGCGUAUGGGAUAAGUAGAAAAUUCUUUGCUAUUAGUUGUGGAAGUACCUGAAAAGACGUAUUAGAGCAUAGAGAGGAACGAAGAUGUAAAAUAUUGGAGAGAAUCACUGAUAAGCUAAAGUAACUUUGGAUUAAGUUACAUAAAAUGCACACUAAUAAAUUGCUGUGACUGUGGUUACAGGAGAUCCCGUGUUCUAGUGUGAGAAGGAAAGUGGUUAUAAACACCCAACUCAGGAUAUAUAUUACCUCCUGUACUUCUAUAAUAACAAUCUGUUUUUUCUAUCCAAUAAUAUUUAAUUUUGUCCUAAAUGCUUAUGGGCCAGUGAAAUUCUACACCUGCAUGUCUGAGAGGCCUUGAACAACACUCAUUUUCAGAAAAUUAUAGAUAGAGGUGAAAGUUCUGAAGCAGGUGUGAGUUCUGUGUUGAGUUCCUGCUAUAUAAGCUCUAUUGCUCUGCUUGUCAUUUUUCAUGCAAAAGAAAUAAACCCAAAUAAACAAAUCUUCCUUAUGUUAGCUUCAAAAACAAAACACCCACCUCACUCAAAACAAAUAUACUGAAUCACUCAAGUAUUUUCACCAACAAAUAAAAAUCCCUCAGAGUCAAUCCUAAUAAGAGGCUUUUGUAAUUUAGAGCUUAUUUCUAAGAGGAAAAAAAGAUGGACUGCCAUAACUUCUUGAAAAUACACUAUUUGUAUUAUAAGAACUACUCCUAGUAAGCAGCACAAAUAAAAUUAGUAUUAGAGUUCUUUUCUCAAAGAAUUGGAAAACUCUCUUAUUUCUACAUAUUCCAUGUAAGUUAGAAAUAACUUCCUUGUGUAAUUUUGUCAAGUGAGAAUAAAAUAGCAAGGUAAGAAACUAAUUUUAGUACAGUGAUUUCUGAUGAUAAAGUUAAGAGAACAAAACAAAAGUACUUGGAAAAAUAUUUUCACAGGUGCUAUUUGCAUGCAUGAAGUAUUUCUGUGUAUUUUUAAAUCUAAGUGUGAUGUUGGGUCCUUUAAUGAUAAAGGAAUUGUAGUUAUGAGGUGUAUGCUCUCUACAAAUCAAUUUGUUUUUCUAUGCUUUUGAAAGUUGUGGUGAGAGAACUAAAUUACAGAGUUUGAGGAAUGGUUUUACCAUGACGGAUUCUAAUAACGUGGAAGAUCUUCUGAGCCCUGGAUAUGGUUUCCUCAUAACUCAAAAGAUGUCACUUAAAAGUUACAGCUGCAGUGAUGGAGUGUGAGUGAAUGGAAUCUAAGCAUGUAUUGCUUCCAGAGAAAACAUGAUUCUUUUGUAGGUGAAGUAAGGAUGACUAGUUCUGGAGGAUCUUUCUUCCUUCUUCUGCAAUGAUAGUUUUACACUGGUGCAGUAGUUCUGGGCAUGUUCUGGGUCUGCCUCAUGGCAAAAGCAUCACAGUCAUGAAUGGGCCAGUGGAUGGUUUAUGUGAUCACACGCUGGAUGAUGAAGGAGCUUUCAUGUUCACAUCAGAAUCAGUAGGAGAAGGACAUCCAGAUAAAAUCUGUGAUCAAAUCAGUGAUGCUGUACUAGAUGCCCAUCUUAAACAGGAUCCAAAUGCCAAAGUUGCUUGUGAGACAGUAUGUAAAACAGGAAUGGUGUUGCUCUGUGGGGAAAUCACAUCUCAUGCUAUUGUGGAUUAUCAGCGAGUUGUCCGAGAUGCAAUUAGACACAUUGGCUAUGAUGAUUCAGCUAAAGGUUUUGACUACAAGACUUGCAAUGUUUUAGUGGCACUGGAACAGCAAUCACCUGAUAUUGCCCAGGGUGUUCAUUUACACAGGGAUGAAGAGGAUGUUGGUGCUGGAGAUCAGGGUUUAAUGUUUGGUUAUGCAACGGAUGAAACAGAGGAAUGUAUGCCUCUAACAAUUGUUCUUGCUCAUAAACUGAAUGCCAGGUUAGCAGAGCUGAGACGCAAUGGGGAGCUUCCUUGGCUGAGGCCUGACUCUAAGACACAGGUCACUGUUCAGUAUAUUCAGGAGAAUGGAGCGGUCAUACCAGUGCGUGUUCAUACCAUUGUGAUAUCAGUACAGCAUGAUGAGACUGUUUCGCUGGAGAAUAUGCGGAAAACCCUGAAGGAUCGUGUGAUUAAAGCUGUUGUCCCUGCAAAAUACUUGGAUGAGAGAACUAUUUAUCACCUUCAGCCUAGUGGACGUUUCGUUAUUGGAGGGCCUCAGGGUGAUGCUGGUGUUACUGGUCGAAAGAUCAUUGUGGAUACAUAUGGUGGUUGGGGAGCCCAUGGAGGUGGUGCCUUCUCUGGCAAAGACUAUACAAAGGUGGACCGAUCAGCUGCGUAUGCAGCCCGCUGGGUGGCCAAGUCUCUUGUGAAAGCUGGUCUCUGUCGUCGUGUUCUUGUUCAGGUUUCUUAUGCCAUUGGAGUAGCUCAUCCACUCUCAAUUUCACUAUUCACUUACGGAACCUCCCAAAAAACAGAGAAAGAGCUGCUGGACAUUGUGCACAAAAACUUUGAUCUUCGCCCUGGAGUCAUUGUCAGGGAUUUGGAUCUUAAAAAGGCCAUUUAUCAGAAGACUGCAUGUUAUGGUCACUUUGGAAGAAAUGAAUUCUCAUGGGAGGUGCCUAAAAAACUUGUGUUUUGACCCUUGCAGUCUAUCUUCAAAAACAGAAAGGAAGAGAUGUUCACUAAGAUGAGGAUGCUUCCAAAAAUCAAAUUUGACAGCUUUGUAUUCAACCGAAGGAAUUUUAGAUUUUAAAGGGAAAGAAAGAAAAGGGUAUUUUCUUGGAAAUUGAUUUUUUUUUUAGCCCUCAGUGUCUUUCAUUAUCUAACAUAUAAAAGACAGAAUCUAGCUUUUAAUCAACAUAAGACAACAAAACACAGUUUACUUUUUAUUGCUGCUCCAUUGGUUCCUUUCCUAAAGGUAAAGUAUGACUCAGGUACUCAAACCAAUGGCUGAACCUCAAACCUUUCAUGGGCAAAGGAAUGGAUGACUUUCCCAACUGACUAAGGAUCAGCAGAUCGCUUGCCUCUAAUUAGACAAUGGGAAAUUCUGGGGUCCAAUUUCCUUACUGGAGUUAGCACUGCAUACAGCUGGGGGUUGCUUUGAUGGGAGAAGGCUGGAUAACUGUAUCUUGGCCUCUUUUGUGGAAGAUGUUACCAAAUACAUAAUAUUUAAAUCUUCUUCACUGAGUAUGUGCUGGUACUGUUGUGUUUCAGUUACCUCUGUUUUUGAAACGUGUUCUCCUAUAAAACAAUCAUACAAUAAAAAGCUUUUUCCUACCAUGUA